AUGCAGCUGAGCAGCUUCACCUGGAACCUCCUGGAGAUCCUGCAGAUCUUGGACCAGGUGGACCAGGUCAGAUGUGGAGUCAUGGAUGAGUCGGCGUUGGAGCGUUACUUUGAUGACUCCAUAGCAAAUGACUCUGCCUUCAUCUUGGGGGAGGAGCUUGGCCUCCAAAGCUCCGCCCCUCCUUUGGAUGGCCCCGCCUCCUCCGUUCAGAAUUCCUCCUUCCUGUCUACGAAGUCUGAACGUAGCGGUGAGCUGGGUGACGAGCUCGACCUCAGCUUUCUGCCCGAUGACCUCAGCACCCAGGAGGAGCCCGGUCAGGAUGACACAGGAGCAGACAGUCAGACUUCAAUUCUGGACGUGUCUCAGGACAGCGGCGUCGGUCUGAACUUCACCUCCCAGGAUUCUACAGCCGAACCCCAGCAGGAAGCCUCCAUAUCGGGGUUGAGGACCGGAGCGUCCCCCUUCUGUCCGAUGACUCCCAUGACCCCAAUGACCCCGAUGACCCCUGUGACGGAGAGAUCAGGAAUCAUCCCACAGCUGCAGAACAUCGUCUCCACUGUGAACCUCGGCUGUCCUCUGGAUCUAAAGUUCAUCGCCCUGCAGGCCAGAAACGCAGAGUACAACCCAAAGCGUUUUGCGGCAGUCAUCAUGAGGAUCCGUGAACCGCGAACAACAGCCCUGAUCUUCAGCUCGGGGAAGAUGGUCUGUACCGGAGCCAAGAGUGAGGAGCAGUCUCGGCUGGCGGCCCGUAAAUACGCGCGGGUGGUUCAGAAGCUCGGCUUCCCCGCUCGCUUCCUGGACUUUAAGAUCCAGAACAUGGUGGCCAGCUGUGAUGUCUGUUUCCCCAUCAGACUGGAAGGACUGGUUCUGACCCAUCAGCAGUUCAGCAGUUAUGAACCUGAGCUGUUCCCAGGCCUCAUCUACCGGAUGGUCAAACCUCGCAUCGUCCUGCUCAUCUUCGUGUCAGGGAAAGUGGUUCUGACCGGAGCUAAAGAGCGAGCUGAGAUCUACGAGGCGUUUGAGAACAUUUAUCCGAUCCUGAAGGGCUUCAGGAAGCAGUGAGGAUUCUUUUGUAAAUACACCGCUCAGUAUUUAUCUGUUUUAUUUUGUGUGUCAGCGAUCAGAUGGGAAACAGGAGUUUGUUUUACAGUUUCACCAUCCUGGGAGAAAAUAAAUGACAGUUUUCUAAAAAAUCUCUGCACAGAAAACCUCAGAUCUGUUUCUUCUAAAUCGGACUUCAAUGUUUAAAAUAUUGCAAAAAUUCACAUUUGAUUUCUUAGAAAAAAUCUGUUUUACUGUUACUCAGUGAAUCUGGAUAAAUCGGAAUUUCUAUACAUUUAAAAAAUGUCCAACAGAAGCUUCUUCAUCUUAAAAACACACAUUUAUUCAUAGAUAUUGUUUUUCCCGGGAUGAUAUUGAUUAUUAGUAAUCAAACAGAUCGAUAACUGAUAUCUAAAAUAACCUUCAGAUGUGUUAAACCUUUUUUUAUAUGUGUGAAAACAAACAAAAAAUGUGAUUUUAGUUGCUUUUUUUUUAAAACCAUAUUAGAGCAGAUCUGGAUUAAAACCAACCACAGCUGGACCAGGAGAUUAGUUUAAAUAAAUAAAUUUUGUUUUUAUAAAACCUAAAAGUCACAGUACUUUUAAACAGAACGUUUAAAACAAUAGAUGUCCAGACAAACUGUUUUUCAAUAGAUGGACACAUAAAAAUGACUUAAGUUUAAAUAUU